UCCCAAUUGUACCUAAAUUGGUCAAACCAAUGUGUACUAAUCUUCCUCAUCUUUUUGCAAUUUUCAGGCGCUUAAAAAGUCGGCCAACGGGAAAUGCCAAGAGACAUGUCAGGCUCAGCAAACACAGCACCCUUAGGAUCGGUGCGUCGGCCCCUUGGUGGCGGCGGGGCUUUAGGGGGCUCUCUCCUCAACCCUAGUUACAUGGCCUCUAAGGGUGGAGAGGAUUCUGGUGACCGGAAGCGAACUGUCGAGACUAGAGAGGGUAGACCAGAGAAUAAAGAUGAAGGCCGGGAAGAAAGGAAGAAGAAGCGUAAGUCCAGGUGGGAGAAUGAGGCGUCUAAGACCUGUAUUCCUGGAUUACCAACCAUGAUCCCGGCGGGAUUGACCAAGCAGCAGGAAGAGGCAUAUCUCUUGCAGUUGCUAAUAGAGGAUGCGAGCCGGAAGUUGAGGUCAGGCGACCUCGGGAUACCACCAAACCCGGAGGAUAGGUCCCCCAGUCCGGAGCCCGUCUACUCCUCUGACGGGAAGAGGAUGAACACGAGGGAGUACAGGAAGCGGAAGGAGCUGGAGGAGUCGAGACAUGAAGCUAUACAGAAGAUGAUGCUGCUCAAUCCUGAGUUCAAGGCUCCCAUGGAUUACAGGGCACCGAUGAUCAAGGUGUCGGACAAGGUGAUGAUCCCUCAGGACGGUCAUCCAGAGAUCAAUUUCAUGGGGCUGAUCAUCGGACCCAGGGGAAACACACUCAAGUCUCUAGAGAAGGAAACAGGGGCUAAGAUAAUAAUCCGCGGUAAAGGAAGUGUAAAAGAAGGAAAGGUGGGAAGAAACAACGGACAACCUCUCCCAGGGGAGAACGAACCUCUUCAUGCUUAUGUUACUUCCACAGAUCCAGAAUGCGUGAAACGUGCUGUAAAGAGGGUAAUGCAGAUAAUCCAAGAAGGGAUUGAACGUCCCGAGGGAUCCAAUGAACUUCGAAAGAUUCAACUGAGAGAACUCGCAUUACUGAACGGUACUCUGCGGGAGGAUGGACAAAUCAGGUGUACCAACUGCGGGGCGGAUAACCACAAGGCGUGGCAGUGCCAGGACAAGGCGAAUGUCACGAACCAGGUGACCUGCACAGCCUGUGGUGGGGUGGGUCAUAUCUCAAGCGAUUGUAAGCAGACCAGGCCUGGGAUGCGACCCAACACGGAUGCGAAACCUGGAAGUAAGAUAGAUAGAGAGUAUAUGUCUCUCAUGGCGGAACUGGGUGAGGGACCUCCGCCUCCUCCGCCCUCUGGUAAUGACAUGCCUAUGGGUGGUGGCGGAGGGCGUCCUAGCAAGUUUGAUCAGCGGCCUCAGCUCAUGGGACCUGGAGGACCAGGGGGACCAGGUAUGCAUGGACCGGGUGGUCCUGGAGGACCGGGUAUGCAUGGACCAGGUGGGCCUGGUGGUCCUGGUGGGAUGCUUGGACCAGGACCUAUGGGCGGAGGAAUGAACAACCGACCUGAUAACGACCGUUGGAACAAUGGACCCCCCAUGGGACAACAACAACCACCUUGGGGUCAGGGACCUCCUGGUAACUGGGGACCUCGCGGACCAGGUGGUCCUGGAGGUCCAGGAGGACAUGGAGGUCCAGGAGGACAUGGAGGUCCAGGUGGUCAUGGAGGUCCUGGUGGUCCUGGACCCAACUGGAACGGACCACCUCAGCAGCGUGGCCCCCCACCAGGUAUGGGCUGGAACCACGGUGGCCAACAGCAACAACAGAAUUUCCACAACCAGGGACAAUAUGGUGGACCUCCACCCCCACCUCCUCCAGGGGGGAAAGGUGGACCUCAGGGGAACUGGGGUGGACCUCCCAGCUGGGGUAACGGUACCCCUGCUCCUGUCCCUCCUCCGCCUCGUAACAAUCCCAUGCCUUUCUGGGCAGCCCCCAACAGCGGCGGCAACCAAUGGCAGGGCGGCGGCAACAGUAAUCUGAGCGGGCUUCUAGGCGGCCCUCCACCACCCCCUCCACCCAGCUAAGAGAUCAUCCACACCCCUGUUCUCGCCCCUCUGUUUUCUGUUGAUGUUCACAUUAUUUUCUCCUGUUUCCGGAUUAAGGCAUUAUCUAAGUUUUUGGACGUUAAGUUGACUAUUCCGCUUCUUUAUUUUCUAGUAUUGUAAAUUUUCAGCAUUUAACGAAUAAAACUUAAAUUUAUCUGUUAA